UGGGCAGGGCCCGGGUGGACACGCCCCCUCGCCGCCGCUCCGCCGCUGAUUAGGUUCGAGGAAGCUUCGCACUUUGCUUUCGAGGCCAGCGGAGGCGGGGGGCGGAGAUGGACACGCCCCCUCCCUGUCUCCCGCCUAUGAUUGGCGCACGGAACUCCGCCUUGGGUUUGGAAGGCUCGCCUGGGAGCUCACACCCGGCUCGGGCCGAGGAUUGGCUGUUCCCGGGCUGGGGAGCGCUUUCUCCCGGGAACCGCGGCUGUGACCCAGGUGGUCUGGACCAGUUUGAAGCUUCGUGCGGCCCGCCUCAAGCAACCAGGUACUUAGGUCGGCGGCCCAGCUCGGCGCUUCCGUGGGAGCCGGAGGGCGACAGUCAGCCGGGGUGCCACCGGGGGACGCGACCGCCAGAUCCACUUAGGGCCCCGUCGUUCUGCGAAGCGGCCACGUCUGAGCCCCGGGGCCUCCUCGUGCUGGAGAUGUCGCUUUAGGACCUCGGCCAGAAUACCCUCUGCCACGCUCUUGUGCUGCCUGUGAUCACCGACUGGCCCUGGAAGCACUUUCGCAGCAGGAAGCCCAGAGCUGCGCCCGCCCUUUCUGAAGGCUGUGGAAGAGGUUGGAGUGGGCGCAUCUUAGCUUGCCCCAUCCCCAUUUGAGGUCUGUCGGAGCUGCCCUUCAGCGUGAGCAUCCACAAUGGGUACCCCAGCCUCGGUGGUCAGUGAGCCACCCCCUUGGCAGGCCCCGAUUGAGGCCCGGGGCCGCAAGCAGGCCUCAGCCAACAUCUUCCAGGAUGCCGAGCUGCUGCAGAUCCAAGGCCUGUUUCAACGCAGCGGGGACCAGCUGGCCGAGGAACGGGCACAGAUCAUCUGGGAAUGUGCAGGGGACCACCGUGUGGCUGAGGCCCUCAAGAGGCUGCGCAGGAAGAGGCCCCCAAGGCAGAAACCCCUGGGCCACUCGCUACACCACUGCAGCCGGCUCAGAAUCCUGGAGCCCCACUCUCCACUGGCCGACCCACAGAGUGCCACGGAGACAGCCUCCGGUGAGCAGUAUCUGCACUCUAGGAGGACAAGUGCCAGGAUCCGCCGGAACUGGAGGAAGCCAGGCCCCACAAGCUACCUCCACCAGAUCAGACACUGAUCCAGGGAAAGAGCCAGGAAUGGCAGUGUCUUCCCUCUUGCCAAAGGGCCUGGGGAGGUGAAGAAGGAAGAGAGACUUUAGGCAAGCAGCCCAAAGGGGUAAAUGAAAGCAAGAGGCCGCUGCCACUGGUCUGCUCCAUUCAGAACAGGACUGGAUGCCUCUGCUGGGCUCUCCAUUACGUGCGACCCAUUCCUCACCAAAAUGAGGAGACAGUGACUGUUCCUGCCAGUCUUUCCCAAUCUAACACUAUUCCUGGGCUGCAUGAUAUUCCCCUGGGAGCCAAGUGACAGGCACUCAGACACAGCAUUUCACCACUCAUGCUACUAAUCUACCUGCUACUACUGUAAACCAUGGUUCCAGCAGCCUGUUCCACACUCACACACCAUCAGUGUCCACAGGGAAACCGUGGUUUCAGUGGCAAAUAAAAACAUCUGCAUCAAGA